CAUCUCUUCAGUAUUCGGACUUAAAUCUGCAUUGGAGGCCGUUGUCAACCCAAGUUGCCUGUCAUAUUUGAACGAUUUUCUAUAUCUGAUCCAGUUUAGUCAUGUGCCAUCAGAGAACUGGAACAGAUGCACAACACCAUGUCCCACCAUAAAGCAGAAAAGGGGGUUCUAUGCUUCGAGAUAGAAGCUGCGGGUUUGAUAAAUCACUCUCACUCUCCUUGCUUAGUCAUUCGGGAUAUAUGUGACUAUUCGGAUACGCAUAAGAAUGGCCGGUGGCAAGAUUAUGCAGCAAUGGCGGUGGUCCUGUGACCGGCGAGGGCUUACAACUCUCAUUCUAGUAUGGAAAGAGAAUACUGCCCAAGCGAACCACCG